AUGUCUUCCCAGCCGAUCGGCCACGAUGUUGCCGACACUCCCAUGAAAUUCCACUAUCAAGAACAUCAACAUGAACGUGGAGCCAAAAAUAUUUUCAGGGUUGGCUCAAGGAACAGUCAACUAGCAUUGAUACAGACGAAAAAAGUCAUAGAACUCCUCUCAGAAAAAUUUCCAGAGCACGAAUUUGAUAUUGUGUCUAUGACGACGACUGGUGAUAACAUUAUAGAUAAAGCGUUGUGGAAGAUUGGGGAAAAAAGCCUGUUUACAAAAGAGUUAGAGAUUGCACUAAUCGAAAACAAAGUAGACUUUGUGGUGCACUCUUUGAAGGAUGUCCCUACUGAACUGCCGGAGGGAUUAGCUGUCGGGGCCAUCAUCAAGAGAGAUGACUCUAGAGAUGCACUUGUGGUAAGAAAGGGGUGUGCUGCAACAAGUCUCGAUACCCUUUCCAAUGGAAGUACGGUGGGCACAAGUUCGUUAAGGAGGACUGCUCAACUUAAAAAACUUUACCCUAACUUGAAAAUACUAGAUGUGAGAGGCAACUUGAAUACUCGCUUGAGGAAGCUAGAUGAGGAUGGUGUAUUUGAUUCUCUCAUCCUGGCCACAGCUGGUCUUCAGAGGCUUGGCUGGCACUCCAGGAUCACUCAGAUUAUACCUCCAGAGGAGCUAAUGUAUGCAGUGGGCCAGGGAGCAAUGGCUGUUGAAUGUAGGGCAGACGAUAUUGUGACCCUUGACCUCUUGGCAUUAGUGAACGACCUCGAAACUUCACUUAUGUGCAUUGCAGAGAGAGCUUUCUUGAGGAAGCUUGAGGGUGGCUGCAGUGUUCCAGUGGCUGUCAACUGCUCCAUCCAGAAAAACGAGUUGAGACUGGCAGGUGCAGUGUACAGUUUGGAUGGGAGUGAACAGGUCAAAGGUGAAGUGUCACUCAUUCUUGAAGGUUACGAGGCUGGGGACAGCUUCGACCACGUUCAACGUCCUCAUCAUCAACAGCACCGUCGUUAUUGUAAAUCUAAGCAUGAUAGAGAUCGAUAUGUAGCCGUUCUCUUGCCAGGCGUUCCAAGCAGUCUGAAAAGCCAAGCAGAGCAGUUGGGACUGCGGCUUGCUGAUGAACUUAAAAGCAGAGGAGCUGAUCCAAUCCUGAUUGAAGCUAAGAGGCAAGCAGCUGAAGACAUCUUGAAACAGAAAGAAAGCAGAGAUAAUAUGAAGAAACAGGCCAAGUAG